GUUUACUCUUAGCGUUGGUGUUCCUGAAUUAGCUUCUUUUAAAUUAUCCACUGAGUUUUUGGUCAUACCACAUCCUGUUCAGUUCGACAGCAAUGUGUAGUCACUGUCCAAAGUGAGGGGAGUCGGACACUUUGUAAGGUUAUUAGCGGUCCUCUGAGCUUUGGCAGACGGUUGAGCAGAUAUGGCAGACAGGGUGCAGGUGCUGCCGUACUUCUUCGGCAAUAUCACGCGAGAGGAGGCGGAGGAGUACCUGCGGCAGGGAGGAACGGGGGACGGCCUGUACCUGCUGCGCCAGAGCCGCAGCUUCCUCGGCGGGUUCGCUCUGUCGGUGGCCUACGGUCGCCAGCUCUACCACUACACCAUCGAGAGGGAGAUGAACGACACCUACGCCAUCGCCGGCGGAAAAUCUCACAGAAACCCCAUAGAUGUGAUCGACUACCACUCGCAGGAGUCCGAUGGGCUCGUCUGCCUGCUGAAGAGGCCCUUCAACCGGCCCCGGGGCACCGAGCCUAAAGUCGGGCCCUUUGAGGACCUCAAGGAGCAGCUCAUCCGGCAGUACGUCAAACAAACCUGGAACCUACAGGGUUCGGCUCUGGAGCAGGCUAUCAUCAGCCAGAGGCCUCAGCUGGAGAAACUCAUCGCCACAACGGCUCAUGAGAAGAUGCCGUGGUUCCAUGGCAAGAUCGACCGCGAGGACUCAGAGCAGCGGCUGCUCAGGAGCUCACACUUCAACGGCAAAUUCCUAAUUAGACAAAGAGAAAACAAUGGCAGAAACGUGUCCUAUGCUCUGUGUCUCCUGCAUAAUAACCAAGUCAUGCACUAUCGCAUUGAUAAAGACAAGGCUGGCAAACUCUCCAUUCCUGACGGGAAGAAGUUCGACACACUUUGGCAGCUGGUAGAACAUUAUUCGUACAAGCCUGACGGCCUGCUCCGAGUGCUCACCGAGACCUGCCCGAGACCAUCACAGGAUCCAGGCGGUCAUAUUGAAAAUCCAUAUAACUUCAGAUCAAACCUCAGAGGUGAACUUCCUAAGCCUAAUAUCUUCAACAACACAGCUAAUGAACCGGAAAAGACACAGAAGAUUGUCGCCGUUAAGAUCCUGAAGAACGAGGAUAAUAACGCGGCAGUGAAAGACGAGAUGCUGCGGGAAGCGAACGUCAUGCAGCAGCUGGAUAACCCGUACAUCGUUCGCAUGAUCGGCAUCUGUGAAGCUGAGAGCCUCAUGCUGGUCAUGGAGCUCGCUGAAUUGGGGCCCCUGCACAGGUUCCUCCAGAAGAACAAACACAUCUCUAUGAAGAACAUCACAGAGCUGGUUCAUCAGGUCUCUAUGGGAAUGAAAUAUCUGGAAGAGCACAACUUUGUUCACAGAGAUCUCGCAGCCAGGAACGUGCUUUUAGUCACUCAGCACUAUGCCAAGAUCAGCGACUUUGGACUCUCUAAAGCCCUGACAGAAGAGGAGAACUAUUACAAGGCCAAAGGUCAUGGGAAAUGGCCGCUGAAGUGGUACGCUCCCGAGUGCAUGAACUACCUGAAGUUCUCGUCCAAGAGCGACGUGUGGAGCUUUGGAGUCCUGAUGUGGGAGGCCUUUUCACUCGGACAGAAACCGUACAAGGGUAUGAAAGGAAAUGAAGUCAUCCAAAUGAUCGAGAGUGGAGAGAGAAUGUCCGCUCCAGCCGACUGCCCGCCUGAGAUGUACAACCUCAUGAGGAAAUGCUGGACAUACAAGCCGGACGAGAGACCUGGAUUUUCAGUAGUUGAACCCAGAUUGCGGCAUUAUUAUUAUGACAUCUCUCAGUGAUGAGCAAACAUGUACAAUUACACAACACGGUAUUUCAAAACAGUCAGUCCGUUUAAGGUGGUAUAGUAAUUCACAUUUUUCAUGAUAAUAUCUGUUGUUUAUAUAUGUUUUCCUCCAUCAUUGGUGCAAAUUCUAAUUAGAUGAUUGACAGCAGUUUGUUUUUAAUCAUUUAAAGCAAUAACUCUCCUUGUAGUAUUUGUUCUUCCAAACUAUUUUUGUUAGAAACUGUACAAAUUGGAUUAAUAAGCAAAAAUGCUUUUUUUGCUUCUAAAAGCAUGUUUAGAAAGAACAUCAGUGUUUUGUGUUUGAAGCCAAGUCAGUAUUUUAGAUGUAACAGCAAUAGGAUGACCAGUCAAGAGCUAAACAUGUCGACAGUAUUUUCAUUCCUGACUGGGUUUUUGUCUUCAUCUAAGUGCCAAAUUCUAUUUUUUUUAACAUCGAGUGUAUGGUUAAAAAGUUGAGUGUUAAAACAGGCUGGCAUUCAUUCUCUGUGUGGACAGUGUCUACUUCUCAUGAUCAGGUACAAUGUAAGCAUAUAUUUUGCAUGUCAUCUACGACAGCCUAAGCAAGGUCUUCAUCAGUAAUCUUUUAGGAUUUGUUUUCUCCGUGUUUCUGCUGUCCUAUAUGUCAAUUCAUUGCAUAUUCGUUGUGAUUUGUCAGCUUGAUUCAGUCGCGCCAGACUUUGCGCAAGCUUGAUAACUGAACAGCAUGGCAUGACACAUUCAAAUCUUGCUCUUCCUCACUUUGAUGAGAUUGAUAAAUGAUGCUGAGCAAACUGAACAUGUAUGGCUGCAUUGCGAUACGAUUUCAAAAAAAUGCUUUCAAAAGAAAUAAAGUCAUUUAUUGAUUGUUUUCUUGGAUGCACUAAAAUAUGAACAUAGAGAAAUAAAAAUGUCCUUCAGUCUCACUCUGGAUUGAAACACAAUGGAAUAAAAAAUAAGCAUAUCAUAUUUGAUUAAAGUA